AUGUUCGACCCAUUAGACUUAUAUGAUGGAUCUGAAAUGAAUAUUGCUGCAAACAAAUUUACUAUAGAAUUUAACAUUUCUGAUAACACAUUAUCUUCUGAUUAUAAGUAUGAGGACUCCAGCAUGAAAAAUAUUAAUGACGAUGAAGAGAACGUUCCAAUAACAGUUUUAGAUUUACCAUCAGUAAGAUAUGCUACACCCAAUAUAAUCUUUACUGUUCUAAAAUUAUUGCGUAAUGACAAUCAGUUGAAUUUCAAAAGUGAAACUACUCUGAAUGCUAACAGCACCAUAAUUAACAAUGAUGAUGAUUAUGCCACUACUCUUACACACACAGAAUUAGAAGAGUUUUGCUUGAAAAGAGAUAUAGAUCAAAAAUGUCUGGAAGAAAUAGUUCAAUGGUACACUACAAAAUGGCCAAAUUCUCUAUUGAAUACAAUAACAAAGAUAAUAACUAAAAUACCGUGUCUGAAAACAACGGAAUCAAAGGAUAAAUUACUAAACUAUUAUACCUCCAUUCUUCGAUUCUUUGAGCAAUAUACUUCUCAGAAUUCAAAUGAAACAGAUCUAAUUGAAUCAAUAUUAAAAGAGGCUAGCAAGAGAAUAAGUGAAUCCUGUGGUAGAACUGCAUUACCUUCCAUACAUCGUAACUUUCAAUUUAAUAAUUUACAAACAAUUAUAAAGUUAUAUGAACCAUCUUUAACAGCAGAUAAUCUAGGAUGGAAAACUUGGGGAUCUUCAAUGAUCCUAUCACAAGGACUAGUCGAAAAAGACGAAAAUUUUAAUAUUGAAUACUCUAAAGGCUCAUGUUCUCUAAGAGUACUUGAAUUAGGCUCUGGGACAGGAUUAGUCGGUAUUGCAUGGGCUACUAAAUGGAAAGAGUUAUAUAAAAACGAGAAUGCUAAUAUUGAAAUUUUUUUGACGGAUCUACCAGAAAUUGUUGAUAAUUUAAGACAAAACGUUAAGGAUAAUGAACUCGAUGGAUUAGUUCAAGUAGAUGUAUUAGACUGGACUGAUCCUAGCACAUUUAUAGAAAAAUAUGGAGAUAAUAAAUUUGACAUAAUUUUAGUGGCAGAUCCAAUAUAUUCACCAGAGCAUCCUAAAUGGGUUGUUAAUAUGAUUGAUAAAUUUAUGAAACCAAAUGGAGUGUGCCAUUUACAGAUUCCUAUAAGAAAAAAAUAUGCCAAAGAAAGACAAUCAUUAAAUAAUCUUUUAAAAGAUGCAAACCUAUCUAUCAUAGAACAAAAAUAUGAGGAAGGCUAUGACGAUUGGGGACUAGUUACAUAUUUAUAUAGAAAAAUUAUACGUGGAUAA